AUGGGCCCCUGUACCGCCUCCUCAUGCUGCUGCCAGGCCCGUAAUCUGCCAUGGGCCCCCGUACCUACUCCUCAUGCUGCUGCCAGGCCCGUAAUCUGUCAUGGGCCCCUGUACCGCCUCCUCAUGCUGCUGCCAGGUCCAGAGUGUGUCAUGGGUCCCUGUACGGCCUCCCAUUGCUGCUCUCUCCAUCGCCACACUCUGCCAUGUGCCACUUUCAGGUCUCCUCACACUGCUGGUGGUUUCCAUUUUUGUCAUAGGGUGCUGUAUGGCCUCCCAUUGCUGCUGCCUCCACCGCCACACUGUGGCUCCACACUCUGGUUUUGGCCCCGUGACUGCCCAAAUGAGUGAAGUGUGCGGUGAUUCUAAGAUCGACGGCACUCAUCUGCAUGUCAUACUGACUGACAGUAUUAUUUCUCUUCCCCAGCAGACUCCAAGGGCAUUUAAAUUAAAGGUACAGUGUUCUGCACUAAUAUAA